AUGGAACUAAGAGGCAAGGAUGACCAUGAUUAUUAUGCGAUAUGGGAUAGGUGGUAUGAAUGGGUGAAGAAGAAAGAUAAAAAUGAUAACUUCAUCUUGAAUUGCCCUUUGAAGGAUAGCAGCUACAACAAUAUUGAAAUAAAGAACAAGAGUGCCAUAUUGGAGUUGAUCCUGGUUGGGCUUUCUACAACAACUGAAAUUCAAACACCCCUCUUCUGGGUAUUCAUAUUCAUCUAUGUUACAGCCCUCACUGCCAACUUCAUUCUUAUCCUUACCAUAUGUACUUUCAGGAAACUUCACACACCCAUGUACUUCUUCAUUGUCAAUUUAUCCUUAGUGAAUGUAAUCUCUAUUUCAGUUACAACUCCUAAAUUGCUCUAUAGUCUUUGGACUGGAGGAAAGACUAUCUCAUUUUAUGGAUGUAUUACCCAGGGCUAUCUGUUUAUAUGGGCUUUGGGAACAGAACUUCUGCUUCUGUCCUUUAUGGCUUUUGAUCGCUAUGCAGCUAUCUGUCACCCUUUGCAAUACACAAUGAUCAUGAGGAAGGAGGUGUGUGCUUCCAUGGUUAUUGGAGUGUGGGUUGUAGGAUUGGUAAAUUCCUCUACACAUUCUGGACUUAUGUUGCAGUUGUCUUUUUGUAACUCCAAUGUUAUCAAUCAUUUCUUCUGUGAUGUACCUCCAUUGCUGCACCUCUCAUGUUCAGAUACAACUCUAAAUGAGAUUGUGUUAUCUUCCUCAGAUGUUAUAUUUGGGAUUGGUUGUUGUGGGUUGACUCUAACAUCAUAUUUUUUUAUAAUAAGAGCUAUCUUCAGAAUCCGUUCCACUGAAGGGAAAAAGAAAGCAUUUUCUACCUGCUCCUCACAUUUUAUUGUAGUCAGUAUUUUCUAUUCCUCUGUCAUCUAUACUUACAUCAGGCCCUCAUCAGCCUACUCUCUAGACCAGGACAAGCUAAUUGCUCUUCUUUAUUCAGUGGUAACUCCUGUUGCUAAUCCAAUCAUAUAUUCACUGAGAAACAAAGAUGUUAAGGAAGGAUUGAGAGUACUCACAAAGACAAUUGGACUCCUCAAUUGA